UUUGUACGGUAAUCUGAUUUUUGGAGUUGCUGAUCGUUCAAAUAUCGAUAACCAGAGUACGAUAUGAGAGCUCCGCACUGACCAACAGCUGUUCUGGCGUCGAUUCUGGCUUUACAAUUUUACCUGCUCAUAACAAUAAUAAACAAAAGAAGCAGUCGGUGGGCCUAUAUUUACUCCAAAUGCAACCCAAGCAAGUCCAGCAAUGAAAAUCAACGAGAAGAACUUGUACGUCUUCGCAAGAACUCCGCCGUUCGACAUGGAAGGCUUUCUCAACAAACGGGGCGAGGUCAACAAGGCCUUCCAGAGACGCUAUUUCGUGCUGAAGGGCAACCUGCUUUUCUACUUCGAGUCGCGGGUGGAUAAGGAGCCUCUGGGGCUCAUCAUAGUCGAGGGAUGCACUAUUGAACUGUCGAACGAGGUGGACAACUACUGCUUUGAAAUAGCCUUUAACGGCAACCGCACCUACAUCCUCUCCGCAGACAACCAGGAGAGCAUGGAAACGUGGAUGAAGGCACUCACGUGCGCCGGCUAUGAAUACAAGCGCAUCAUCCUAGCCGAGCUAAAGCGGCAGCUGCACGAGAUGGAGGACUCGAGAAACAAAAUGCUUGGCAAUGUCAUUGAUGGGCCGCAAAGUGCCUCGGAGGGAGCGAGGCCCAGGCCUCCGCCCAGGCGGACGAAUCCCUUCAACAGACCAGCACCUCCUCCACCGGACAGCUCGUUAAGGGGCGGUGUGGUCAUGUCGCCCCUGCCAUUUAUCAACGGAUAUUUCGGCUCCAGUAAUGCCCGCUUGCAGCAGGAGAAAUUGAUGGGCAAGCAAGAUGCUAACGGAAACGGAAGUCCGAGUGGAACGCCCAGGGCGCAGCGCCGCCCCACACCCGUUCCUCCAGUCGCCAAUAGCGUUUUCUACCCCGACGCACGGAGUCUUGCAGGGUUAAACAACAACCACAGCGCUAUCAGCAGUGCUGAGCGACAGCGAAGACGUGUUAGAGCGGUGGAGGAUUUUGCCCGCAACCAUGAACGCUUCCGAGAGGAACUGAUGCCUGACGUUUCCGCAUAUCGCGAACGCCAAGGACAGCCCCUCAUACAGUUGUGAUGUAGGAGCGGGCUGCAAUAAUAAGCCAAUGUAUUAUCCGUUUUGUGCUAAAUCAAAUCACGUUUUAAAUAAACUGCUUAAUUUCAA